UAUUCCGCAGGAAUCGAUCGAAGCCACUGUAAAAUAGACGAAUCGUAAAAGUUCCAACAACAGCGCGGAAGUUUUGUCAUAUCAAAUCUACUGGACUGUAGGACAUCUUCCAUUACCUCUUGCGUGCUACAACAACUACCUCACGCAGCCAGCGAAAUGGCGAAAAAAGCUUUCCAGCAUCAGGCGGGUACCGCAAUGGAGUGCUUAAGCAUUCCCAUAACUUUACACAAGGAAAAGGACAUCGACGAAGAAGGUCGCGAGGUGCUGAAAUGUGGAUUCAAAAUAGGCGGUGGCAUUGAUCAGGACUUCCGAAAAAGUCCGCAGGGAUACACGGACUAUGGAAUCUACGUGACUGAAGUGCAUGAAGGUAGCCCAGCUGCUAAAUCGGGCCUGCGAAUGCACGACAAAAUCCUGCAGUGCAACGGAUAUGAUUUCACCAUGGUCACACACAAAAAGGCUGUAAGUUACAUACGGAAAAAUCCCGUCCUGAAUCUGCUUGUUGCGAGAAAAGGCGUUACAUCGACGUAAAGAGAGCGGAGCAAUAGUCAGUUAUAGACAAGACAAAAGAAAAAAAGUAAUUUUCAUGUUAAACCACUCUUGCUAGGCAAAAGGGUAUCUGAAGCAUUCCAAUAGUGAACAAUUGGUACACACUCGAAAAACUAAGCAACACUAUUGACAUAGUAUCGAAGAGCUGCGUAUUUAUAAUCAAAUGUCUAAGACUCGAACAAGUAACAUUGCAGUCCUCGUAAAAAAAUGGUGAGGAAAGAUGUUUGCUUGAAGUGCUACCUGUACUAGCUUCAAAUUACAUUUUUACAAACGGUCAACUGCACGAAUAGCAGUUUUGGAUUAUUACAAACAUUAUGUCCUACAUCAACUACUAUUACUAUUCUACAUUCGCGUUUACAAGUUCACAAUUAAAGAUAUACUAUUCCUAAAAUCAUCUUUUGUUUACCUCAAGCUAGACGGUAUGGAGGUGAAAUUGAGGGUUUAUAUUGCAGAUAUCUAUUGAUUAUUUUUAAGCAUGUUUCUAGGCAUAAUCGUCGUUAGUUAGUUAGGAUAAGUCGCGCAGAAAAAAAAAAUCACUCAUAUGAAUGGAUAGAUAGUUGCUUAUAGAUGAUACUCUUUAUUGCGAGGUUUUAGCCGCAUUUACGAUCAAUGGUAAAAACAAACACAGAAAAAAUAUAUUAGUGGAAAAUUUUGCAACCGCAUGACAACGGAGAGGAUAAUGCAAAAGCAUAAUGAGAACACUGCCAUCAUUGGAAGAUGUUCUUUUCGUUUGUAUUUCGACAAAUAUUUUUACACAUACUUGUACUACCGAUACGAACAACUUUCUUAGUUGGUCGGUGAAACUUUCAUAUUUAGCAAAUAAAAAUGUAUGCCAAAGUAA